AAAGUCACAGCGACGCGUUAGUUGCCGUUGCUCUCAUCACACCGAUUGCGAAGUUCGUCCUCAUCCCGUCGCUUCGACAAACAGCAAGAUCGCUGCACACACCCACAACGGCUAGCCACGCCUUGCUCAUCUCUCACAACGCCCUGAACAACCUUCGACCAACAUGGACAAGAUAAAGGAGAAACUCGAAAAACUCCGCAUAGAAGCCGACAACUCUUACGCACGGGCAACCAAAGCCGAGGAAGAGAUCAAGCAGCUGAAAGACGAGCUCGCGCGGCGCGAGCAGGAGGUGCAAGGGUUGAACAAUAAGGUUACGCUGUUACAGGAGGAGGGUGAGAGGACGGGGGGGAGGGUUAAUGAGCUCACCGAAAAAAACCGCGCCCUCGAACUCUCAACCGAACAAGCCGAGCGGCGCGCCAAACAGCUCGAGUCCGAGAAAACCGAGCUCGAGAGGCAGCUGGAGGAAAUGAGCAAGAAGUAUGAGGGCGUCAGGGAGGAGUUGGAGAAGACGUUGAGGGGGUUGGAGGAGUUGUGAGAGGGGUUGAUGUGUGUGUGUUUGUGUGUUUGUAGAAGGGGGAAAGGGAAGAGGAGAGGUGGGUUAAGAAAAGGGAAGUCAAGGGAACGGUGUUGCGGUGAUGGGCGGAAUGU